AUGUCUCUCUUUUCAUACAUGCUAGGGAGGCCGCUUUCAAAGCAUGAAACCUCACCGACGUGUGAUAACAAAGGACGAAAGAAACUACAGAAGCCACGGACGUUGACAAGUUCUAGAAAAAGCGCAAAUAUCGACACUAAUUUCUUCGAUGCUUUUCGAGCGCAAGCCUGCUUGAUAAUUCAAUCAGAAGAACCAGAAGAAUCAGAAGAAUCCGAAGACGAGAAGACACUCAUCGUUGAGGAAACAGAUCCUCUCCCCCAUAUUGCAACUCUUCUAUCAAGCAACUCAUCGAUUUCGACUGAAUCCACGCAAAGCUUCUCAAGUAGUCAAAUGUCGCCAACGCGAGUACCCAGGAGAGCCAAAACACCAGUCAUGUUCGUUGGGCAACUUGAGUCUAGCCCUUCUUACGAUCCGGCAAAAGCAUUUGCUCAACAGUAUUCUGAUCUACUACCACCACGAUCAUUUACUCCAUGCGUUGAGGAUGUUAUUGUCAGACCACGACGGAAAUCAAUUCGGAAAAUCAAAUGCCAGCAAAGUUUACGUGACCUCGUCAAGGAUCACUCUCGCUCUUCAAGACCAAGCAGCUCUUCGGACUGCGAUACUCUUGUCGGGUCAGAGUCACCAAAUUCCCCAAGGUCACCAACGGAUAAGGAAUUCCCUGAAGUCACACGUUUACAUUUGGUCGACAAACCGCCGCCAAGACCACAAGCUUUAAGCGAAAAAGCAUCUUUAGACAUGAUCAACGAACUUCACAACGAAAUCGGCCUCGGAAUAUGUAUGAAUAUGUUGACGAACGAGCUAGCAACUGCUCUUUUCAAACAGCAUCCAUCAGAGAAUGCGGACCGCGCCUCUGGACUUCAGAUCCGUCUCAUGAUUGAAGCUUAUGAGACCUUACAGGAUCACGUGCGAAAUGAGCUUUACGAUGCUUUCGUGAGUGGAAAGGAAUUGGAUCCUCACGUUCAAGAAUAUGAGGCUAUCUUGGAGAGAUGGCUGGAUUCAUUGUAUGCUGUGUACGAAGUUGCUCAGGAGAAGAAACCUACUUGUGAGGUUAUCAAGGAGGUUGAGGAGGAGGAGAAUGAUUGGCCACUUCGACGAUCUCAGGAUUCAGCUGAGACUUUUGUGAGCUGUUGA